CUGGAAAACAACGUCUGAGCGGACACGUACACACGGCAGAGAGGAGGAAACACACUGACAAGUCGACACUUCUGGAAUCAGCAGCAGGUGUGGGAGCUACAGUUUGAGGAGGAGGCGUACUUGGGGGAAAGAGGAGCUGGCAAAGAGGAGGCUUAAGGGCAAAAUCCAGAAGGCCAUUAGACUUUUGCUGGACAGUAAAAGGGGGAAAGGGAAGGAAAGAGCACAGUGCAAGAGAGAAUUCAAUAAAAGGGAACCAAGAGGAGUGGAAAGACAAACAAAGGAACUUUUGGGGCGAAGAGUGGACGCCUGCCUGAGUGCACGAUGGUGUCUUUGGGACUUGAACUUGUCGGCGUCAUUCUGUCAGUGCUCGGCUUGCUGCUGAGUGUGACCAGCUGUGCCUUGCCAAUGUGGAGGGUCUCCGCUUUCAUUGGCUCCAACAUCAUCACAGCUCAGGUGUACUGGGAGGGCCUGUGGAUGAACUGUGUGUUCCAGAGCACGGGGCAGAUGCAGUGUAAGGUCUACGACUCCAUGUUGGCUUUACCUCAGGACCUACAGGCCGCCAGGGCGCUCACCGUUGUCUCCAUCAUCGUGGCGGUGGUGGCUCUCCUCAUCUCUACAGUAGGAGCAAAGUGCACCAACUGCAUUGAGGAAGAAGGGGUUAAAGCCAAGGUGAUGAUUGCCUCGGGUGCCUUGUUCAUCACAGCAGCUCUGACCCAGCUGGUGCCCGUCUCCUGGUCAGCACACACCAUCGUGUAUGAGUUCUACAGCCCAAUCAUCCCCUUGGCUCAGAAGAUGGAAAUCGUCAACAUGUCGAUGGGUAUGGAGAUCGUGGGCAUUGCCCUUGGAGUCAUUGGUUUUAUCAUUGCAAUAGUGACAUGCGCCCUGCCAAUGUGGAGGGUGUCGGCUUUCGUUGGAGCCAACAUCAUCACAGCUCAGACCAUCUGGGAGGGUUUAUGGAUGAACUGUGUCACCCAGAGCACGGGCCAGAUGCAAUGCAAGGUCUACGACUCGCUGCUGGCUUUGCCUCAGGAGCUACAGGCCUCCAGAGCCAUGAUGAUCAUCGCCAUCAUACUCGGAGUGCUGGGGGUUAUGAUCUCCAUUGUCGGCGCCAAGUGCACCAACUGCAUCGAUGAGGAGGCAGCCAAAGCCAAAGUGAUGAUCAUCGCUGGAAUCUUCUUCCUCCUCGGCGGCCUUUUGGUUCUCAUUCCUGUGUCUUGGACGGCCAGUGUCGUCAUCAGGGAUUUCUACAACCCCAUCCUGACCUCCGCACAGAGGAGGGAGCUGGGAGCGGCUCUCUACAUCGGCUGGGCAGGAGCUGCCCUGCUUCUGAUUGGUGGGGCGAUGCUGUGCAGCAGCUGCCCGCCAAAAGAGAAGCAGUACAAGCCGCCCCGGAUGGCCUACUCUGCCCCACGCAGCACCAGUGCAGGUGCAGGAUACGACAGGAAAGACUAUGUUUGAACAGAAGUCUCCGACAGAGUGAUUUGGAAUGUAGGAUGAAAUGAAAAUGUUUGUUGCACAUUUGUGUUUCUGUGUGUCUGUGUUGUAUUUUGCUGUCUGAAACCACAGGGUGAAUCCCACAAAAAGACUCCGAGAUGAAGAUGUUCGUACAAAUAUUGAUCUUUCUGCUUUGCUUUUAGCCGGCAUGUUCAUUUGCAUUAUCAUAAUGUCUUUGCUCUGCUAUAAUCCAGCAGGUGUGUCUUGUUAAAAAAGGCUCCUAUUUUCAUUAUAUGAACAUUAGAGCCUGUUUUCCUGUAAAACAUAACUUUAUUGUUUGAAAUGCUAAGGACAUGUUCUAUUUAUACCCAAACUAUGUCUAUGGCAUUAUGUGAAUCUGAAAACACCUGCUUCUUUUGUGUCGCUCUACCAUUAGCUGUUGGCGUGCUGGUGUCGUGUUUCACUGAAACUUUCAGAGAAAAUACUGUGUGUCACUGACAAUGACAAGGAAAAGCCAGCUCUCAUUUUACAUGGAUUUGGUUGUGUGAUUGUUCCGUGUGUGUGUGUGUGUGUGUGUGUGUGUGUGUGUGUGUGUGUGUGUGUGUGUGUGUGUGUGUGUGUGUUUUGCAUGUAAUAUUUGCUUAGGAGAGUUUCUGCUGAGACUGAAACUAAAGAUGGCUCCAUGAUACGGCCCCAGGAAACAACUCUAUCUUCUUCCUCACAGUUUAACUGUUUGAGGACAUAUAAAAGACUGUUUCGGUUGCCACCCACACCAUAUGUGUGAGCUUAUUUUAUAUUUAUGUAAUAAAGUGUAUUUGUAAUGUAUUCUAACACCAUAUAUUCAACUUUAUGUGAGUGUUUUAAAUAGAUUUAUAUUGUGUUUUUUAGUUUUUGGAUCUUAGAUUUGUAUCUUAUAUCUAUCAUAAGCAACAGCAUGUAUGGUCCUCUGUAUAUCAAACAGUCAAAGGACAUUUUCAGUGUGUGUGUGUGUGUGUGUGUGUUUGUGAGAGAGAGAGAGAGAGACAGCCUGAGGGAACAUGACUACAACUGUUGUAGGAUGUUUGUUUCCAUAUCAGCAGGAUGUGUUUUGUGUGUACAAAUGAAACAUUUUAUAAAUUUAUCUUCACCUCCUUUUAAUAAGAUUUUGUGUUUGAGAUGUAACAAAUUUUAUUUUUACUGUGUCGUUCAAACAUUGUUAAAAGAGAUGAUUUCUGACAUGCAAUGCUUUGUUAAAUGUUUUACAGCAAUGCUUGAAUUUAUUAUGUGCUGAAGAUUUCAAUAAAAGUCAUAUAAAGAA